AUGUGUGGAAUUCUCGCAGAGAUCCUGGCGAACCCUAAUGGUUCUGCCGCAGUCGAUCUGCACGAAGCGCUCUACCUGCUCCAACAUCGUGGCCAGGAUGCUGCGGGUAUCGCUACUUGUGCCUCUGGCGGUAGGAUCUACCAGCUCAAAUCCAACGGUAUGGCCGCCAAGGUCUUCCAGGAUGGCGCCAGAGUCGCAGACCUACCCGGUUUCAUGGGAAUCGGCCACCUCAGGUAUCCCACUGCGGGCAGCAGUGCCAACGCGGAAGCCCAACCGUUCUAUGUGAACAGCCCGUACGGUAUCUGUCUUGCGCAUAACGGAAACUUGAUCAACGCCCCGGAACUGAAGCGGUAUCUCGACCUCGAGGCACACCGUCACAUCAACACCGACAGUGACAGUGAACUGAUGUUGAACAUCUUCGCCAACGAGCUCAACGAGACCAAGAAGGCACGCGUGAACAAGGAAGAUGUGUUCGCCAGUCUUGGUCGGAUGUACAAGCAGUGCCAGGGCGGCUGGGCCUGUACCGCCAUGCUUGCAGGUUUCGGGCUGCUGGGCUUCCGAGACUCCUAUGGUAUCCGUCCUUUGGUUCUGGGUUCUAGACCUUCCCUCGAUGGGAAAGGUAUGGACUACAUGAUGGCCUCCGAAUCGGUCGCCUUGGACCAACUCGGCUUCACCAACAUCCGCGACAUUCAGCCCGGAGAGGCAGUCAUCAUCGAGAAGGGUGGUGAGCCGGUGUUCCGUCAGGUUGCGCCGAAGAUGAAGUACGCGCCGGAUAUCUUCGAAUACGUCUACUUCGCUCGUCCGGACUCCGUCAUCGACGGCAUUAGCGUGUACCGUAGCCGACAGAGAAUGGGUGAUCGUCUGGCCGCACGCAUCCUUGACGUCCUGGGCCCGGAGGUCGUGAAGAACAUCGAUGUAGUCAUCCCUAUUCCCGAGACUUCCAACACGUCAGCCGCCAACGUUGCGCGCUACUUGGACAAGCCGUAUUGCCAAGGCUUCGUGAAGAACCGUUACGUCUUCCGCACGUUCAUUAUGCCGGAACAGAAGACCCGACAGAAGGGUGUGCGCCGCAAGCUUAACGCCAUGAAGUCCGAGUUCAAGGGUCGUAAUGUUCUCCUGGUGGAUGACAGUAUUGUGCGUGGAACCACAAGUCGAGAGAUUGUAACGAUGGCCAGGGAAGCGGGUGCGAAGCAGGUCCAUUUCGCCAGUUGCGCCCCACCAAUUACGCACGCUCAUAUCUAUGGUAUCGAUUUGGCUUCACCGAGUGAGCUGGUUGCGCACAACCGUGAUCCCGCUGAAAUCGCAAAACACAUUGGAGCCGACAGCGUCGUCUACCAGACCCUGGAGGACCUCAAUGCGUCCUGCGCUGAGAUCGCGCAGGAGAAUGGAUUGGCAGAGCCCAACCAAUUCGAAGUUGGUGUCUUCUGUGGUAGCUACAUUACCCCUGUCUCUGAGGGUUACUUUGAGCAUCUGGAGAAAGUGCGCGGCGAAGGCCGUAAGCUCAAGGUUAUGGACCGUGCAAGAGAGGCAGUCGCCAGCGGUCUCGCUAGUAAGACAGACUAUGAAAUUGCUGCCAAUGGCGUGAAACUCGACGACCGGGGAAAGGUCGUACCCGCCUCCACCCCUAGCGAGUCUGAAGUCCCUCAAGUGAGCUUCAGUGCAGCUCGCGAGGCUCCCCAAGCGGUAGAGGCUUUGGAGUCACCAAAAGUCAGGGAUCCUAUUCUGCUUGCUGCAACAACUGAGCAAACUGGACAAGCACCGCCAUCUGAAAUAAAGGGUGAAAGCGUACCACCUAAAAAGAAGAGGAAGAGGAAUAAUACGGUCGCAGAACCUGACAUCAAUGAACUGCCUCACAAUCUGGGCAAAGCCCCUAUUCCCACGACAUCGUCGACAACGGCAGAUAAGCUUCAGGGGGGAAACACAGCAGUGAAGAAUGGGAAGUUAGAUCGCAUAAAGGAUGAACUGCAAGAUACUGUUGAUAAAGCAACAACAACACUGGAUGCAAAGGCUGAGGGAGGGAAAGGGAAGAGCAAUAAUCCAUAUGGUCUCACACCUGGCGUUAGUCCAUUCCCUGAAUGGUCCCGACCGACACCAGAAGAGUGUGAGGAAGUCAAUAAACUCCUCUCAAGUGUCCAUGGGGAAGUCAUUGCGCCGACAUCUAUACCUGAACCAUCUCUUACCGUCACUGGAUGUGGAGAAGUCCCGUCUGUUCUCGAUGCUCUUAUUCGAACCCUCCUGAGUGGUGCAACCACUGGAAAUAAUUCUGCUAUGGCUUUCCAGGGGUUAGUCCAGAAGUUUGGCAUUCUCCCUGAUGGCAUCGGGAAAGGCAGUGUCAACUGGGACGCCGUCCGUCAAGCUCCAGUUAAAGAUAUCUUCCAGGCUAUUAAGCGCGGUGGAUUGGCAGAGUUGAAAAGCAAACGGAUCAAAGAGAUCCUGAAUAUGGUCUACGAGGAGAACGUGCAACGUCGAGACGCUCUCUUGAAGGCCAAAAAGGAGGGUACAGCUGAACCUCCGGGGGCCAAAAAUGAGACGGAGGUCGAGAAGCAGAACGAGAUCGACCGCGCAAAUGAACAUGUGCUCUCGCUGAACCAUAUCCAUUCUCUCAGCAGCGAAGAUGCCAUGCUGGAACUAGUCAAGUACCCGGGAAUCGGGCCAAAGACGGCAGCUUGCGUUAUCCUCUUCUGCUUACAGCGUCCUUGUUUUGCCGUGGACACUCACAUCUUCCGGAUUACCAAGUGGCUCGGCUGGAUACCGUCAGAGAAGGUUGAUGAGGUCAAAGCCUUCAGUCAUCUGGAAGUCCGUAUUCCGGAUCAUCUGAAGUAUUCUCUCCAUCAGCUCUUUAUCCGUCAUGGAAAAUCCUGUCCUCGCUGCCGGGCUAUUACGGGAGAGAACAGCGAAGGAUGGGAAGAGGGAUGCGUUAUUGACCAUCUUGUUAAGCGGACGGGCAAACGCAAGGGAGCUCCAACGUCGGCUCCCAAGGCGAAGAAUAGGAAGUCUCGUGGAGGAAAAGAAGAUGAUGACGAGAGCGAAUAG